AGAUGCUGAGCCGGGCCAGGGUCCCCCUCUGGCACCGCGGGGAGCCCUCCACGCCCUCAUUAUCUCUGGGUGACUUAGGGCCACCAAGCCUGCUCCCAGUGCCCCAACGCUGUACGGCUGGGCUGGCUCGUCAUGGGAGCACCUCUUGGCCAGCAGGCUGAACUUUGGUGCGACCGCCAUCUGCGGUGUUUUAAGCUUUGCCCCAGCAAACCGGGAAGGUCGGGGCUUACGGGGAAGCGCGCCCCCGGGGCAGGUCCCCGAGGGCCUGAUUCGCGUCUACAGCAUGAGGUUCUGCCCGUUCGCCAAGAGGACGCUCCUGGUCCUGAAGGCCAAGGGAAUUGGGCAUGAAGUCAUUAACAUCAACCUAAAAAAUAAGCCUGAGUGGUUCUUCAAGAAGAAUCCCUUCGGCCUGGUGCCAGUUCUGGAAAACAGUCAGGGUCAAGUGAUCUACGAAUCUGCCAUCACUUGUGAGUACCUGGAUGAAGCAUAUCCAGGAAAGAAGCUGUUGCCAGAUGACCCCUAUGAGAAAGCUUGCCAAAAGAUGGUCUUUGAGUUGUUUUCUAAGGUACCACCUUUGUUAUUAAGCCUUCUUAGAAGGCAAAAUAAGGAAGACUGCUCUGGCCUGAAAGAAGAAUUGCAUAAAGAAUUCAGCAAGCUAGAGGAGGUUCUGACUAAUAAGAAGACAACCUUCUUUGGUGGCAGUUCUCUUUCUAUGAUUGAUUACCUCAUCUGGCCCUGGUUUGAAUGGCUGGUAGCCCUGGAGUUAAAUGAGUAUGUAAACCACACUCCAAAUCUUAAGCUCUGGAUGGAAGCCAUGAUGAAAGAUCCUGCAGUAUCAUCCCUCUUCAUUGAUCCAAAAGCCUUUCGAGGUUUCUUAGAUCUCUAUUUGCAGAACAACCUCGAGGCCUGUGACUAUGGGCUCUGAAGGGGACAGGAUAUAUCAGAUAAUAUAUCGGUUCGCUAAUAUGAAUAAUAACAUGCUUUUAUUUUA